AUGGAUCCAAUUGAUUACCCCCAGGGGAUUGGUAACCCCCGGGGUGGUGUAGGGAUUGGCAUGGACCCAAUUGAUCCCCCCCAGAGGAUUGGUAACCCCUGGGGUGGUGUAGGGAUCGGCAUGGACCCAAUUGAUCGCCCCCAGAAAAUUGGUAACUCCCGGGGUGAUGUAGGGAUUGGCAUGGAUCCGAUAAUAUUGUUAGGUAAUUGA